AUGCCCACCCAACCUCCUCCCGGCUCAGGUGAGGUACGCCAGUCCCCCCCUGGAAAUGGGGCCCUGGUACCGACAUGGCAGGGGUGCCGGGGCCGCAGCCUCCCCAUCCAGGGAUACUCACCGGAGGGGCGGCCCACCGCGUCUUCGCAGCCGGCCGGCGCCUGGCACUCGGGAAGCUCGCAAAAAGGAACCGCGUGCCCGCUAGCGCUGGGACGAGGAGGAGCGCGCCGCGGAGGCCAGAGAAAAAGCCGCAGCGGCGCGCGCGCACCCGGACAGCCGGCGGAGGCGGGGCUCAGCGCGAGCCCGGAAAAGACGCGCCCGGAGGGGCGGGCGGAGCGGGGGCGCGCGGUGGUGUGGCAGAGCCAGCCGAAUCGCUGGCUGCAGACUGCUCGGCCCACCCACGCGCCCGCCCCCGCUCGCCCGGGACGUCAGCCGAAAAGGCGGAGCCGAACGGGCUUCCCGAGGCGCGGGAGGGGCGCUGCGGGGAAGGCGAGGCGGCUAACGGCUCGCCUCAAGUUGUUGCUCCCGCUGGCGAUCCGCUUCUGUCAGCCGUUGAGUGUUUUCCGAAGGUCCUUGCGCCUAACAGCAGUGAGGCGCAGAAUUGGCCCACGCCCUCACCUGCGGCUUGCUUCGCAGGACUCCACCCCAGGAUAA